AGGGAGGCGGUUCGUGGACAACAGUGCUACUCAACAAAGGCUCUCUCUCGACUUAGGCCCCGGGGGAGAGAACUGAGAGAGAGAGAGAGAGGGAGAACUGAGGGGGGAGAGAGAGAGAGAAAACUGAAGGGGAGAGAGAGAACACUGAAGGGGGAGAGAGAGAACUGAGGUGGGAGAGAGAGACAACUGAGGGGAGAGAGAGACAACUGAGGGGAGAGGGAGAGAACUGAGGGGAGAGAGAGAGACAACUGAGGGGAGAGAGAGAGACAACUGAGGGGAGAGAGAGAGACAACUGAGGGGAGAGAGAGAGACAACUGAGGGGAGAGAGAGAGACAACUGAGGGGAGAGAGAGAACUGAGGGGAGAGAGAACUGAGGGGAGAGGGAGAGAACUGAGGGGAGAGAGAGAGAACUGAAGGGGGAGAGAGAGAGAACUGAAGGGGGAGAGAGAGAGAGAACUGAGGGGAGAGAGAGAGUGGGGGAGAGAGGAGGAGAGCAAGGUUUUGGUCAGGAAGAGGUGGAGUUGGCCGCCCUGCUGUCAGAAAUGAGUAAAUCCUCCCCCGUGGCCCCUCAGGGGCCCCCCAUGUGCCAGGACCCAUUCACAGACACGGCGGCCGUGGUGAUGGACAACGGCACCGGCUACACCAAGGCCGGUUUUGCCGGCGACGACAAGCCCCGGGUGGUGGUGCGCUCGCUGGUGGGCAUCCCGAACCAGAGCUGCGAGGAGCCGGGCAAAGCGCCGGACUACUACAUCGGGGCGGCCAUUCCCGCCGACCCCUGGGUGGUCAAGACGCCGGUGGUGACCAACGGCGUCGUCACCGACUGGGACGCCCUGGAGAUGCUCUGGCACCACGUCUUCUACCAGGAGCUGCGGGUGGCGCCCGAGGAACACGCCGUCCUGCUGUCCGACGCGCCGCUGUCGCCCCUGGCCAACCGGGAGAAGGCCGCUGAGCUCCUGUUUGAGGGCUUCGGCGUACCGGCUAUGUAUGUGGCCCACCAGUCGCUGCUGUCCCUCUACUCCACCGGCCGGACCUCAGGCCUCAUCGUCGAGUCGGGCCUGGGCGUCUCCUACACAGCGCCCGUCCACAGCGGCUACACCAUGCCCCACGCCACCUUCCGCUUGGACCUGGCGGGCGGGGGGCUGACCGAGUACAUGGCCAAGCUGCUGGAGGAGUGCGGCAACCCCUUCAGCGCCGAGGAGAUGCACGUGGUGACCAACAUCAAGGAGACCUGCUGCUACGUGGCGCAGGACUUCAACGAGGAGAUGGUGGCCAACGAAAACGACUACCUGACCGACUACGAGCUGCCCGACGGCCACAUCAUCACCAUCGGCAACGAGCGCUUCCGCUGCCCGGAGUCGCUCUUCAGGCCUGAGGUGGUAGGCCUCAGCGCCCCGGGCCUGCACGCCCUGGCCUUGAAGAGCCUGGAGCGGUGCCCGGCUGAGCACCAGCUCGAGCUCCUCACCAACAUCGUGCUGUCGGGCGGCUCCUCCAUGUUCCCGGGCUUCGCCGAGCGGAUCCAGAGCCAAAUCGGCGCCCUGUUCCCCGGCCGCGCCAAGCUCGGCGUCUACGCCUCGCCCCAGCGCCGGUUCUCGGUGUGGAUCGGGGGCUCCAUCACCGCCUGCCUCAACACCUUCCAGUCCAUGUGGGUCAGCCGCGAGGACUACGACGAGAAAGGCCCGAGCGUUGUCCAGCGCAAGUGCUUCUGAGCGUGGG